CGUAAAAGCGUUUGACACUUUACGACACUUUACGACACUCUAUAACUCUGCCACUCGGUCGACGGGAGCCCUAUAAAGAUAUCCAACGAGCUCGCCGUGUCCCUAUUAAGAAAACUCCGCGCAUAGCUGGCGGCACCCGGAGCUUGCCCACGCCUCGCAGCUGACGUCGCGGCCUCGUACAUAACGGACGGCUCUCGCUCGCGUUUGGCAGAGGCGGUGGACAUCCCGAGCAGAGUUGCCACCACAGCGCUCCCGGCGCAAGCGACUUGGAAACUUGUGACAGCUCCCCCCGCGAGCGAGGCGACAGGAGUCUGAUCGAGCUUGGAUUCCCACGCCCGUCGCUCCGGUGUGAAGCGCGUCAAGAUGGAGGAGGACGAGAUCCGGGCGGGCGACUUCGUCAUCAUCGGCAGCGACGACGACGAGACUCUGUGCCAGCAAGACACAACGUACGCGGGCGCCCUGCUGGCUGGGCUGGCCGAGCUGCGUGCGCAGGGCAAGCUGUGCGACGUGGCGCUGUCCGCCGACGGGCUGACCUACCCGUGCCACCGUGCCGUCCUCGCCGCCGCCAGCCCCUACUUCCGCGCCAUGUUCGCGGGGGGGCCGCUGCGCGAGAGCCGCGAGCAGACCGUGCAGCUCCAGGAGGUGAGCGCCAGGUCGCUGAGCCUGCUGCUGGACUUUGCGUACACGGGGCGCGUGUGCGUCACGGGAGACAACGCCGAGCCCCUGCUGAGGGCUGCCGACCUCCUGCAGUUCCCGGCCGUCAAGGAGGCGUGCUGCCGCUACCUGGCCCGGCACCUCGACCCCGCCAACUGCCUGGACAUGCAGGCGUUUGCGGAGGCGUUUGCGUGCCCCUCGCUGGUGGAGGACGCGCGCGUCUUCGCGCUGGGACACAUCGCCGAGAUCGGCGCCAGCGAGGACUUUGAGCGGCUGCCCGCCAAGCGCCUGUCGGAGCUCCUGGGAGACGACCGCCUCUCCGUUGACAAGGAGGAGGCGGCCUACCAGCUGGCGCUGCGCUGGGUGCACGCCGACCCACAGAACCGCCAGCGGUUCUGGCCCGAGCUGUUUGAGCGCGUGCGUCUCCCGUUUGUGCGACGCUUCUUCCUGCUGGCGCACGUCGAGAGCGAGCCGCUGGUGCACCGCUCCCCGCGCUGCCUGCGCCUGCUGCGCGAGGCUCGCGUCCUCCAGGGCGCCCUGCAGGACCGGCACGACCGCCUGUGCCCGCUGCGCUUCCACCCGCGCCCGUCGACGGGCCUCGCCGAGAUCCUGGUGGCGGUCGGCGGCUGCGACCAGGACUGCGAGGAGCUAGUGUCGGUCGACUGCCACAACCCCGUGACGGGACAGUGGCGCUACCUGGCAGCCCUGCCCGAGCGCGUGGGAGGCGGGUACAGCAUCGCAGCUCUGGGCAAUGACAUCUACGUUACAGGUGGCUCCGACGGCACCACCGUCUUCUCGAGCGUGUGGCGCUACAACUCGGGCGUCAACGAGUGGUCGGAGGCGCCGGAGAUGAGCCGCGCGCGCGAGUACCACGCCAGCGCCGCGCUCGCCGGCUGCCUCUACGUGGUGGCGCCCGACGGCUGCGAGUGCUUCGACCCGGCGGAGGGCCUCUGGCGCCCGAUGCGCGCGCUCCCCCAGCCGCUGGAGAACGUGUCGGCCACCGCGUGCCGCGGGCGCGUCUACGCCGUGGGCUCGCCGCGGCUGGCCGGCGGCGGCUUGGGCUGGGGCGCCGGCGGCGUCAUCACCGACGUGGUGGUGCACUGCUACGAGCCCGACGCCGACUCGUGGAGCGAGAUCGAAUGCGCCGACGGCAUGCCCGGCUGGUCGUACGUGCUGGACGUGGUGGCGCUGGACGGGAUCAUUUACUUCAUCAGGGAGGACUCUACGCAGGUGGAUGCUCUGGAUCCCAUAAAAUCGAGGUGGAUCAGGAUUCCUCCCAUGAACCAGGUGCACGUCGGCGGCAGCGUGGCCCCGCUGGGCGGCCGCCUGUACGUUUCGGGCGGCUACGACGACUCGUUCGAGCUGUCCGACAUGGUGGAGUGCUACGACCCGGCCGCGGGACGCUGGGAGGUCGUCGGCCGCCUGCCGCAGCCCACGUUCUGGCACGGCAGCGUCAGCAUCUUCCGGCAGUUCAUGCCGCCCGGCGCAACCACCGCCGUGACGACGACGGGGGGCGCCCAGCAGCAUCCGCUGCCGCAACUGCACGCGCGGCACGCUCGCCACGCCAACAACCACAACCACAACAACAACAACAACAACCACCAGCAUCGGCAGCACAUGGACGUUCUGCUCGACGAACACAUGGUCCACUGAUUGUGAAAAGUCGCGUGGAAAUACCGGCUGCCCACCCCCCCCCUUCCCCUACCGUGAAAGUCUCGAGUUUUAAAAGGGCUCGAUUUCACGCUGGACCAGCAAUUCAGAAGUGGCUGGUUUCGAUUUGAUCUGGCUCGGCAGAUGAAACAACGGAGCAGGUUUCUUAAAUCCUCCCGCCUCUGCCUAUCCCUGCAAUGUAAAUAGGUGCAGCACAGUAAGUCGAUCAGUUGGUUGCGUGUGGUGGGGUAAAGUGUGAGUAUUCCCACUUCUACCAGGGCAUCUGGCCAGAGUGGAAGAAUAUACCACAAUACCCUAAGGAGGGGCUCCCUUUAGCUACCUCUCAUGGAUGCCUUUUUUGCUAGCAUCAGCAACAUGAGCGAGCAAUGGCAGGGCUGCACUUUUACCUUUGCAUUUUUACUUCUCUGCCAGGACAGAUCUUGCCGAUUGCUGCCAGAAAUGGCCGAAAUAAGUGAAAUGCCCCUAUGGGCACGUUCCGAAUUGCACCAAAAGUGUUUUAUCUUUUCAAACUCUAUUCCUUCGGUUUGGUGUUACCUAGUUGGGCGGGUCACUUAUAGCGUUGGGCGAUAAAAAAAAAAGAUUUUGGAACGCCCCUUGGCAGAGACUCCCAUUGUCAUGUUGGGAAACUGUCCUGGAAGUUGACACCGCAGAACUAGUAGUGAGGUCACUUUCAAUCGGCCUGUCUUUGCCUAAUCCGAGACGGCUAUUUAAUAUCUAUAACGUUCAGCCCUCACACAUGGGAUGAGGCUGAAUGAAGCAAUAAGCUAAGUUUAUACAGCUUGAAUGGUUUAUAUAUAUGAGCACGUGGUUUAUAAUAUUUGGUGGCCACGCAUACUACAUCAGUAUUUUAUAUCAACAGGUCAAGGGAACUGUCGAGUGGUUAUUUUGCGUAUUAGAAACUUUUUAGAGUUGCAACCUAUUUAUUAGACUCUUCUCUUUACCCUCCCCCCAACUAACGAUGCCUCCUUGCGUUGAGCGAAAAGCAACGCUCGCAUAGCCGUGGGUUACCUCGUGUAACCCUCGCUUGUUUCACCAUUCGUGCUGUGUUUACGAUCGGUCGGGUUUGUUGGCAGUGAUGCAGAACUGAAAUCCUCUUUUAUCAUGAACACUGUCUUUAUAACGUUUAAAAUAUAUAUACAGGCUAACGCAGUGUUAAUAACAGAGGUGGUGAAUGUUGUAUGUGUACAGUGUAUCUUCAAAAUGCUGGGCUACUGCAGGGGUGGAGUGCCCUAGAAUCUCCGUGUUUCUCACCAAAACGCCGUUAUUUCCAUGAAGACCAGAUUUUAACCCAUUUUCAGUUCAUAUUGUUGUUAAUCUUGCCUCUAAGGAAAUAGCAAUAUUAAAGAAAGGUAAAAAAAAAACAUAAUUGAAACCACCGCAAAUCACAAGACAAUCCUGGCGCCGCAUGGCGCAUUCUGCGUUGCGUAGAGUUGCAGCUAAAAAGGUGUCCGCGCUGCUGAGACCGGCGUUCCAAAUUUUCGAGCUUCGAGAGUCGAGAUUUUAACUUAUUUUUACGAAUUCGAAUUUUUGUAUAGACCCUUGGCAGUGUCCUCGUUUGUAAACACAAACAUCACGGUAUAUAUCCGCCCUUGUUGCUGCGAUGGGGGACAACUGUAAAUCCGGCGGUUGUGGAGAUUGGGAUUUUUUGGAUCGCGAAGACAGAAGCAAGUUUCUGAAUCACUGGUUUGAGUAACCAGGCUGGAUGAUGUGGUGUGUGUUGGCGUGCAUCCCUGCUGGGCAGGGAGGGAGGUCGUGGUGGUGACUGCAUGAGCCAGUCCAAGUAGCAGGUUUGUGUUGUUCGUGUGUGUUGGUUUUCUCAGGCAUUCCGGACCCCCUCCUGUAUAAAGCGUUUUUUUCUUAUAUAUAUGUACAUAUAUAUAAUUAUAAAACGCUCAAAAAGGAGGAAUUUGCUGAAUGUCCACGGAUGGAUUUUCCUUGACGAAUACAUUUUUGUUCGUCCUAAUUUUUUUAUGGUCGCGAAUCGACGCUUGAAUCCGAGCUGUGUGUGUGUGGCAUCGGCACGCACCGGCAUGUUUGGCGAUCUGAGUUGUGGGUGGUGGGGGGCGGGGUGAGAAUGUUUUAAAAGGGAAAGUUAAGAAGCAUUUUUAAGCUUAUGUGAUGGAUCGUUGUUACAGGAAUAGAUUGAGCACUGAUUGUGGUAUCCACUGAAAGUUUGCGUUCAAUGGAGCUUUUACUUUGACGAGUUUUAAUAGGGUAGAUCUAACUUAAAUCAUGAUGGCAAUAGUUUUGUUUCUUUAGUGCUGUAUUUAAUACUGAAUUAUAUGUGAGUGUUCAUUUCAAAACAUACUCCUAAGUUUUAUACAUUGGUUGUGUAGCACACUACAAUCCGUGCUGUUGACAUUACGUUUUCGGCAAAUGUAGUGUCAUCAGUGACUGGUGAGUAAUUUAAUAAUAUUUUCACGUAAGUUUGUGUUUUUGUUCAUGACGCUACAAUUACUCUUACCAGCUCGGCACCUCAGAGUUCCAGUCACUAAUGUCCGUGAAUGAUCAUGCUUGUUACAAACUGCAAUAUUAUCAUUAUUUCUGAG